AACUGGAGCCCACAACCUCAUGGGCUUUGAUUCGCAGAAAUUUGUCGGGACCUUCAAAAUAUACGGGAAUGGUUCAAGCAACGAAGGACAUUUUCAGAGAUGAAGGAUUACCGGGUUUUUGGCGUGGCAAUGUUCCAGCUUUGCUUAUGGUUAUGCCGUAUACUGCCAUACAAUUUACCGUGUUACACAAAUUGAAAACUUUUGCGGCUGGUUCUUCUAAGUCAGAGGAUCACAUUAAUUUGAGUCCAUACCUUUCUUAUAUCAGUGGAGCAUUAGCAGGGUGUGCUGCUACUGUUGGAUCGUAUCCAUUUGAUCUUCUGCGAACUAUAUUAGCUUCUCAGGGAGAACCUAAGGUUUAUCCCACUAUGAGCUCUGCAUUUCUUGAUAUAAUUAGAACACGUGGUGCCCGAGGGUUAUAUGCUGGAUUGUCACCAACGUUGGUUGAGAUUGUUCCUUAUGCGGGUUUACAAUUUGGCACGUAUGAUACAUUUAAGCGCUGGACAUUGGCUUGGAACCGAAGCCAAUUAUCAAAGACAAACUCAAUCAACGGAGAUGAUGGCGUUUCAAGCUUUCAGCUUUUUCUUUGUGGAUUAGCAGCUGGGACGUGUGCCAAACUUGUCUGUCAUCCACUUGAUGUUGUCAAGAAAAGAUUCCAGAUCGAGGGAUUACAAAGGCACCCACGGUAUGGGGCUCGAGUGGAACACCGUGCUUACAGAAAUAUGUUUGAUGCCUUGCGAAGAAUUACGCAGUCGGAGGGUUUGGCUGGUCUCUACAAGGGGAUAGUCCCCUCAACUGUCAAAGCCGCACCGGCUGGUGCUGUAACUUUUGUGGCUUAUGAAUACAUAUCGGAUUGGUUAGAGUCCAUUUGGACGUGAAUUAACUUCAUUUUUUUUCCUCUAUCAAUUUUUCACUGUCCGAUUCUUUUGUCCUGAGACCUUAUAAAGCUGUCUAAUAGGAAGGGAAAACCGUAUUUUUUUUGGAAACUAGAGGCCCCAAUAUAUAUAGUGAUACG